UCCAAAGGGUGAUCUGAAUGAUCAAUGCCUGCAUUUCCUAGGGCUGUGGUGAGUUCUUCCCUGUAAUUCUGUGACCUAUACUGGCAUCAUCAUGUUCGCUGUACUGCUGCUGCUGUUGAGUCUGCAGUGUUUCGAUCAAGCAGCAAAAGAAGCAGAAAAUAAGGGGCUGCUAUCGGACAUUCUUUCUUACAUAUUUGAAGGUAUAAUAAAAGCAGUUGCAGAGAUAAUGGAUGAGUACAAUGAGGAAUCUUAUGAAGAUGAGAAUGAAAAAGACCUUGACUGGCUGUUGGCCCACAUAGAUGAAUGUGAACCAAAUCCUUGUUACAACAAUGGUACAUGUAAGAAUGAUGGUUAUGAUGAUUUCAAAUGCAUUUGUCCUCCGCCGUUUACUGGCAAAAGAUGUCAAGAUGUUAUAAAUGUUUGUAAGAAUGUCAAAUGCGGUCGUGGCGAGUGUGUCCGUAUCGAUGAAGAUCCCUUUUAUGAGUGCAAGUGUAUCGCCCCCUUCCAGCCUCCCACCUGCCAGAAAGCCUCACCCUGUAAUCCCAGUCCCUGUUUGAAUGGUGGAACAUGUGUAAAGGGUCGUACACGGACUCAAUUCCAUUGUAACUGUCCUGAAAACUACAGUGGAAAGUUCUGCCAAGUUGGUCCUGGUGAUUGCUAUGAGGGAGAUGGUUCCUCAUACAGAGGUUUUGUCAGUGAGACAGUGUCAGGACGGGAUUGUCUGCCUUGGAACUCUUACCUAAUAAUGCAGUUUAGUCCUUUUGAUAAAGAUGACGAUGUAGAAGAGGAUGGAAUUGGACCUCAUAACUAUUGCAGGAACCCAGAUCGGGAGAGUCAGCCCUGGUGCUUCAUGAGAUACAAAAAUAAGUUGCGUUGGGAUGACUGUAAUGUCACACGCUGCCCUGAACCAGCUCCUACAACUGAGCUAUCACCUACUGGAGGGGAAGAGUCUAAUGUGAAAGCAGAGUUCUCUGAGUGUGGAAAGCCAAAGCCAAGUAGGAUUACAUCUAGGAUCUUUGGUGGGAGAAAGACCAAGCCUGGAGCUCAUCCCUGGCAAGUCUCAUUUCAGGUCCGUGUCCAGAAUAGCACUGAUGACUUUGGUCACAAUUGUGGAGGAAUACUCCUGAACUCUUGCUGGGUCCUCACGGCUGCUCACUGCAUUGAUGAAGAAUAUGAGAUGCAGGUGCUGUUGGGUGGGGUGGACCUGAAGAAGCAAGAGGCAGCAGAUCAGACUAUUGAUGUUGAAGAUUAUUUCGUGCAUGAGAACUACACUGAAACCAAACAGGCCUUACAUAAUGACAUAGCCCUGCUCAAACUGAAGGCUGUGACAGAUGAUGGUCUUUGUGCCAGAGAGACUAGGUAUGUCAAAUCUGCCUGUCUGCCCCCUGGCCCUUUUCCUGAUGGGAUGGAAUGCUCUAUAUCAGGCUAUGGAGUCACUGAGAAUGAUGAAGACGGUUCCACUCAUUUGCUGGACACAAAAGUUCUCCUGGUCAACCAGACCCGCUGCAUGGCUUCUGAUGUUCUUGGUGAUGUGCUGGAUGACAGCAUGUUCUGUGCUGGAAGAAUGCAAGGAGGGAUUGACACUUGCCAGGGAGACUCUGGGGGCCCUCUUGUCUGCAAGCAGAAUGGCACACAUUACGUAUAUGGAGUGGUGAGCUGGGGUGAUGGCUGCGGCAAGAAGUAUAAACCUGGUGUUUAUGCUCGUGUCACACACUUCAUUGACUGGAUCAAUGAAAAGAUUCGCCCCACAUAGAGCAGCAUGUGUAUGCAAUAUUGACUGUGUUGACAUCAGAUAGUUGAUAAUGUAGCAUAGCUUUCAAAAACCUUUUUAUUUUGAAUCCCAUUGUCAUAAGUCAUACAUCAAUCAAGUAUUCUUAAUUAAGCUUAUGUCUGUAGCUAUUGGCAUACUGAAAAAGCUGAACCUGCCAGGCAUAAAGUAUACUUUAUCAAACAUCUCUUAAAUAUAACUCCUGCCAUUGGCAGUCUAAAAUAACAAUUGUCCACCUGUGACACACAAAGUUCUUAUACAUUUGACUUCCAAUGCUACUGUUAAAUCAAGUUUUCCAGCAAUUUCAAUAAAGGCAUUUUCCUCAAAAAAAACAACAACAACAACAAAAAAAAAAACUGUUUGCUUUGUUUAUUUGUUCAUUAAUAAAAAGAAAGACACUUGUCUUUCCAUUACAGUAA